AUGAAUAGGGAGUUUGAAAUGACUGAUAUGGGAAGAUUGCAUUAUUUCCUGGGUAUAGAAGUACUUUAUGAGAAUGGAAAUAUCAUACUGUCUCAAAGAAAGUAUAUGAGAAAUUUGUUAGAUAAAUAUAAAAUGACACAAUGCAAUACUGUAUCCACACCUAUGGAAUAUGGAUUAAAGUUGUCAAAGGAUGACCCAGAAGAGUUUGUAGAUGAAGGUGUGUAUCGAAGCCUAGUAGGAAGUCUGAUGUAUCUUACCAAUACGAGACCAGACAUCAUGUUUGCAGUAAGCAAAGUCAGUAGAUUUAUGGAAAAUCCAAGGAGGAGUCACUGGGAAGCAGCUAAACGAAUACUUAGAUACAUCAAAGGAACACAAAACCAAGGAAUUACAUACUCCAAAGGAGGAAAGAAAAUUCUUGUAGGUUUUAGUGAUAGUGACUAUGCAGGAGAUGUGGAUGAUAGCAAGAGCACCUCCGGGUAUAUAUUUCAUUUAGGUUCAGGUCCCAUCUCAUGGCAGUCAAAGAAACAAAAGGUAGUAGCUUUAUCUUCAACGGAAGCAGAAUACAUGGCAUUAUCAUUGGCAGGUUGUCAAGCUUUAUGGAUUAAGGGAAUUUUAGAUGACUUACAAGAAAAGAAUGAUUCCUCAAUUCCUUUAUACUGCGACAAUAAGUCUACUAUAUGUUUGGCUAGGGGUUUAUCAUGGAAAGAGCAAACAUAUAAGGGUUAA